AAGCUGGAGAUACAGAUGACCCACCAAGAAUUACUCAGAACCCUGUCAUCAACGGGAAUGUGGCCAUGAGUGACGGGCACAGCAAUGCGGAAGAGGACAUGGAGGACGGGGAGUAACGGGGCAGUUGAAAGAAACCAUCAGGCACGGGCUGCACCACCAGAAGGACUGCUGUCAGACCUCCUGCCAAAAGUUCAGCCUCCCUGCGAAACUGCAGCCGCAGUUGAGAGUUCUCUCACAGUGCGGUUUCCCCCUGGCAGCUGGCUGAGGCAAUAUCUGAGGAAGACACCAGUUGGCGCUCCGAGGCAACCUUUCAGUUCACUGUCGAGCGCUUCAGCAGACUGAGUGAGUCGGUCCUUAGCCCUCCGUGUUUUGUGCGAAAUCUGCCGUGGAAGAUUAUGGUGAUGCCACGCUUUUAUCCAGACAGACCACACCAAAAAAGCGUGGGAUUCUUUCUCCAGUGCAAUGCUGAAUCUGACUCCACGUCGUGGUCUUGCCAUGCACAAGCAGUGCUGAAGAUAAUAAAUUACAGAGAUGAUGAAAAGUCCUUCAGCCGUCGAAUUAGUCAUUUGUUCUUCCAUAAAGAAAAUGACUGGGGAUUUUCCAAUUUUAUGGCCUGGAGUGAAGUGACUGACCCUGAGAAAGGAUUUAUAGAUGAUGAUAAAGUUACUUUUGAAGUUUUCGUACAGGCAGAUGCUCCCCAUGGAGUUGCGUGGGACUCAAAGAAACACACGGGCUAUGUUGGCUUGAAGAAUCAGGGAGCAACCUGUUACAUGAAUAGCCUGCUGCAGACUCUGUUCUUCACUAAUCAGCUACGGAAGGCUGUGUACAUGAUGCCAACAGAGGGUGAUGACUCGUCCAAAAGUGUCCCUUUAGCAUUACAAAGAGUGUUCUAUGAAUUACAGCACAGCGAUAAGCCCGUAGGAACAAAAAAGCUGACAAAGUCAUUUGGGUGGGAAACUUUAGAUAGCUUCAUGCAACAUGAUGUCCAGGAGCUAUGUCGAGUGUUGCUUGAUAAUGUGGAAAACAAGAUGAAAGGCACAUGUGUAGAAGGCACCAUCCCAAAAUUGUUCAGAGGCAAAAUGGUGUCCUAUAUCCAGUGCAAAGAAGUAGACUAUCGGUCUGAUAGGAGAGAAGAUUAUUAUGAUAUCCAGCUAAGUAUAAAAGGAAAAAAAAAUAUAUUUGAAUCUUUUGUGGAUUAUGUGGCAGUAGAACAACUGGACGGUGACAACAAAUACGACGCUGGGGAGCAUGGCCUUCAGGAAGCAGAGAAAGGUGUGAAAUUCCUAACGUUGCCACCGGUGCUACAUCUGCAGCUGAUGAGAUUUAUGUACGACCCUCAGACGGACCAAAAUAUCAAGAUCAAUGAUAGGUUUGAGUUUCCAGAACAAUUACCACUUGAUGAGUUUUUGCAAAAGACGGACCCAAAGGAUCCUGCAAAUUAUAUUCUUCAUGCAGUUCUGGUUCACAGUGGAGAUAAUCAUGGUGGACAUUAUGUGGUUUAUUUAAACCCCAAAGGGGAUGGCAAAUGGUGUAAGUUUGACGACGACGUGGUGUCCAGGUGUACUAAAGAAGAAGCAAUUGAGCACAAUUACGGGGGUCAUGAUGACGACCUGUCUGUCCGACACUGCACUAAUGCCUACAUGUUAGUGUAUAUCAGGGAAUCAAAGCUAAGUGAAGUUUUACAAGCUGUCACAGACCAUGAUAUUCCUCAGCAGUUGGUGGAACGAUUGCAAGAAGAGAAAAGGAUCGAGGCUCAGAAGCGGAAGGAGCGGCAGGAAGCCCAUCUCUACAUGCAAGUGCAGAUAGUCGCAGAGGACCAGUUUUGUGGCCACCAAGGAAAUGACAUGUACGAUGAAGAAAAAGUGAAGUACACGGUGUUCAAGGUUCUGAAGAACUCCUCCCUGGCCGAGUUUGUCCAGAGCCUCUCCCAGACCAUGGGAUUUCCACAAGAUCAAAUUCGAUUAUGGCCCAUGCAAGCGAGGAGUAAUGGAACAAAGCGGCCAGCAAUGUUAGAUAAUGAAGCAGACGGCAAUAAAACAAUGAUUGAACUCAGUGACAAUGAAAACCCUUGGACAAUAUUCCUGGAAACAGUUGACCCCGAGCUGGCUGCUAGUGGAGCAACAUUACCCAAGUUUGAUAAAGAUCAUGAUGUGAUGUUAUUUUUGAAGAUGUAUGAUCCUAAAACACGGAGCCUGAAUUACUGUGGGCAUAUCUACACACCCAUAUCCUGUAAAAUACGUGACUUGCUCCCAGUUAUGUGUGACAGAGCAGGAUUUAUCCAGGACACUAGCCUUAUCCUCUAUGAGGAAGUUAAACCGAAUUUAACAGAGAGAAUUCAGGACUACGAUGUGUCUCUUGAUAAAGCCCUUGAUGAGCUGAUGGACGGUGACAUUAUAGUGUUUCAGAAGGAUGACCCUGAAAAUGAUAACAGUGAAUUGCCCACUGCAAAAGAAUAUUUCAGAGACCUCUACCACCGUGUUGAUGUCAUCUUCUGUGAUAAAACAAUCCCCAAUGACCCUGGAUUUGUGGUUACAUUAUCCAACAGGAUGAAUUAUUUUCAGGUUGCAAAGACAGUUGCACAGAGGCUCAACACGGACCCCAUGUUGCUGCAGUUUUUCAAGUCCCAAGGGUAUAGGGAUGGCCCAGGUAAUCCUCUUAGACAUAACUAUGAAGGUACUUUAAGAGAUCUUCUACAGUUCUUCAAGCCUAGACAACCUAAGAAACUUUACUAUCAGCAGCUUAAGAUGAAAAUCACAGACUUUGAGAACAGGCGAAGUUUUAAGUGCAUAUGGUUAAACAGCCAAUUUAGGGAAGAGGAAAUAACACUAUACCCAGAUAAGCAUGGUUGUGUCCGGGACCUAUUAGAAGAAUGUAAAAAAGCUGUGGAGCUUGGUGAAAAAGCAUCAGGGAAACUUAGGCUGCUAGAAAUUGUAAGCUACAAAAUUAUUGGUGUGCAUCAAGAAGAUGAAUUAUUAGAGUGUUUAUCUCCUGCAACAAGUCGAACGUUUCGAAUAGAGGAAAUACCUCUGGACCAGGUGGACAUAGAUAAGGACAAUGAGAUGCUGAUCACAGUGGCACAUUUCCACAAAGAGGUGUUUGGAACGUUUGGAAUUCCGUUUUUGCUGAGGAUACACCAGGGCGAGCAUUUCAGAGAAGUGAUGAAGCGGAUCCAGAGCCUGCUGGACAUCCAGGAAAAGGAGUUUGAAAAGUUUAAGUUUGCAAUUGUAAUGAUGGGCCGACAUCAGUACAUUAAUGAAGACGAGUAUGAAGUGAAUCUGAAAGACUUUGAGCCGCAGCCAGGUAACAUGUCUCAUCCCCGGCCUUGGCUAGGGCUUGACCACUUCAACAAAGCCCCAAAGAGGAGUCGCUACACUUACCUUGAAAAGGCCAUCAAAAUCCACAACUGACUUCCUCACCGGAGCGUUGACGGCGAGGGCAGCGCGUGCUGUGUGCCCCUUUUUAACAGCCGCAGAACUUUGCUACGCGUGCGCUCUAGCCCACGCCUCCAGCAAGACGAUUUGCUGCUGAUGUUAAUUUUAUUUUGUUGAGGCUGUUCAGUUUGGCUUCUCUGUAUCUAUUGACUGCCCUUUUUGAGCAAAAUGAAGGUGUUUUUAUAAAGCUUGGAUGCCAAUGAGAGUUAUUUUAUGGUAACUACAUUGCAAGGCAACUCAGCACCAUGGGGAGAAGAGGUUCCUAGGAUGCGGGUCACAGGCACACGGUCUCUGGGCUGUGUCUGGUUGGCUCAGGUGGUCCGGCUGCCUGCUCGGGUCCCCACCAGCCCCGCAGCUAGCUAGGCUGAUGUGUAGGCUCAUCCAACUUACUCCUUCAGUUAAACCUUCAAUGACCUUUGUGCAUCUGUAAAGGCAAACAGAGAAACUCACAACCUAAUAAAUAGUGCUCUUUCCUUCAUUGUGUGCACUGUUGCCCUUCCUCAGUUCCUCCCUCCAGAGCUGCCGGGUCUCCAGAGCCGCGGCUCACUCCAUCAGCCACUGUCUGCAGCCCAGUUGCAAAGUGGAUGCACUGAACACAGUCCUGACAGACAUUCGGGUCUUUUUAUUAAAUUGAGAACAUUGUUAAAUACAAUUAAGGUUUACUCUGCUGCCUCUUGGCAGACUUGAUUUCCACAGUUCAUCCAAGCAGGUGAAAGAAUAAUAAAUAGGAUUUCAUGACCGUGGGACUCCGGAGCAACAAAGGACAGCCUUAGCAAGAGGGCAUGCUCGCUCGUGGCUAGAAAGCUGUUGACUUUGUAAAAAAGGUAAAAUAAAAAGAAAAAAAAAAUGAAAUUGUAUAUUUAAUGAA